GCCGGGGGGCCAGCAGCCGGGCUCCCCGGGCCCGCCGUCUCCCCGCGCGCGGGGGCCGCGCGCGGGGGGCCCGAGGCCCCCCCGGGCGGCGUGGCCGCAUGGUCGACGAGCAGGCGGGCUACGCGCUCCUCGGCGCCGCGGCGCGGCGGGGCGGCGCCGGGCGCCCCGGGAAGGAGCUGCCGGCCGGCGGCCCGCCGCCCCUUGGCGGCGCGGACGCCCCAGGCGGCCUGGAGGAGGGCGCCGCCGGCGCCGCGGAGGGGCUGCCGCCGCUGGCGCCCGCGGCCAGGCGGAACCCGGCGCCCUGGGGCCCCCGUUGGGCCGCGCUGCUGGCCGCGUCGGCGUGCCUCGCGGGCGCCGCGGCGGCACUGGGCGGGAGGCUGCUGGCCAGGCGCGCCAGCGCACCGUCGUUGGCGGCGGGCUCCGAGUGGAAGACGGCCCUGCCAUCGCCGGUAGAGAAGUUGCUGAUCGUGACCUCGCCCAGUGGGCAGACGCAGUGCGAGGGCACCUACGCCAUCCAGGAGCACGUCCCAGCCAACGGGAAGCCCACGUGGAAGAAGAACGGCACAGGAGUCCCGAGGACACUCUAUUUCAGCAACACCGGGACGUGGAUGAUCGACAACAACGACGCCCUGAAGGCGGGCUUCGAUUGCGCCAUCGGCUACAUCCACGCGCCCCUGGACAAGUCUGGCGACAAGAUGCCCUGGGAGCUGGAGGGUUGGGAGAGGUACGACAACGAUGCUGAGAAAUGGAUCGUGGACCCCGCUAUCGCCGUCAAGGACCGUGCUGGGUCGCGGCUUACCCCACCAACUUGCUGGUCUGCCAGCAGCUACAGUGGAUCUCGGCAUGGGCGCGCCGCGGCGUACGUCUGCAUGCGGGGUGCGCCGCGAUGAGCGCGCCGCGGCCUGCGCCUGCGCCCGCUUAGACGGCAGGUCGAGCCCACCAGAGCCCCACGAUCCACGAUCCUUGUAGUGGGUGCGCCGAGGUCAAGUCUUUGCUGCAGUCUUGGAGCCCCAGAAUGGCCGCCACGCGCCGAACCGCCG